CAGUCAGUCCUAGCGCUUUCUCUACCCUUUCACGAGUGCCACCCCUCUCUCUCUUGUUCAUGCACGUCAAGCAUCGUCGUCGUCUCCCUCAAAUUCUCUCAUUGCCCUUUCCAACGCAACCAUGGCGGAUCCACCUUUUAAGCGGAAACGUAUGCCGGUGGGAUACAGAUUCCAUCCGACGGAAGAAGAGCUCGUCGCUUACUACCUUCACCACAGAUUGAAGGCUGAUAAUCCAUCCAUUAACGUCGCCAUCCCUGAGAUUGACGUUUGCAAGUUCGAACCCUGGGAUUUGUUAGCUUGGGCUGCUAAAUUGACUUCGGUGAUCAAGUUCGAUGACUCAGAAUGCUAUUUCUUCACCCCUUGUGAUUAUAAGUACUCUAAAAGUACUCGGUUGAACAGGACAACGUCGCUCGGCUUCUGGAAAGUCACCGGCAAAGACAGGAAUAUUUGUGAUCGAGACACCAACAACGUCAUUGGGAUAAAAAGGAUUUUAAUUUUUCACGAAGAACGUUUUUCAUUGUAAAAAUAGAUGAUGUCUGGAAGGAUGGGGUGGGUAUUAAAAUGGAGACUAAAUGAACACUCUCAUAAAUUUAAAGAACAGAUCACUCAAUAUUGUAGUGGUGGUUUCAGUACUGAAGUCAACGCAAUUGAUGCUGCGAUUUUGCCAUGUAUAAAAGUUUUGGAUAAGUUCAAAAUUUUUAUAUAUGAUAAACCGAAGUAUGUACUUCGCACGGAUAGUAACGCCAUUGUUACUUUCUAUAAUAGAAUCCCUCAAAAGGCUUACAACGCUAAUAGAUAGAUUUUAUUCACUGAUUAUCUGAUUUCUUUAAAUACAAUUGUUAAUUGAACAUAUUAAAGGAGUUGAUAAUGUAUCUGCUGAUUUGCUUUUCAGGAUUCUCGCCCAUGAAAAGGAGAAUUUUCAGAAUGGCAACAGGCAGAGGACAAGCAUAAACUCAAUCCUCUAAGAAAUCGGAGAAGAUUGAAAUGUUUUCCUUCGAAAAAUAUUUCAUACCAGCCAUGGUCUCUUCGUGAUCCAUAAAUUUUUGCUUCCUUAAUAAUGCGAAACAGCUAACUUUGCCUCAGCAAUCCCUCAUUAAUGCUAUCUGGCAAGCAAAACACAAACCAGAAGAGAUGGUUAAUGCGCUUAACGCAUUACACGUGCAUCUUCUAGAUUUGAACUCGACCUCUCAUAGUAAGAGUGCGUCAGUAAGGAAAGAGCAGGUCCAUCGCACCCCUUAAAGCAUUCAAGCUCUCAGUCGUUUGAGAUUAUUUCAGAGUCAUCCUCACAGAUGAUUUCCUCUGGAACUGAAACACCCACUGACGAAUUACCUUUGUUGCAGGAACAGGUGGAUUCAAUAACUGAAGUCCUAAGUUCAGUCAUACAACAAAAGCUAAACCUGGAAUUCACGUUCCAAAAAACCUUGUUGUCUUUAAAUGUCCCUUGUUCCUCGAACAGUGACCCAGCCAAAGAAGAAAUUAAAUUACUUCUAUGCCCCUCGUUUAGAAAGCAGUUCACCGAUCUACUUCCUGAUAAUAUUUUGUAGAUUAUCUCUAGACAAGCCAUCCAAAAACAAAGAGAUACCCUUCUCUCUGUCCAAAAACAGCAAAACGAAUUUUGCUUUGUCCACCAAGCACCUGGAUUGGGAUAAGCCCACAUCCGCAAGACCUUCCAUGUCGGUCUGCAACUUAAGGUGCACCAAAUUUGGCCAGCUAUUAUUGAUUUAACAAUGUUCAAUUUUGAAAAGCUCUUUCAUUUUGGAUUGAUUAGAGAAAUCUUCUUCCCACCAAGAUUUCAAGCUAGCAGACAUUACAGAUGGAGUCAUCUCUUGACCUCCGUCUUUGAUCAUUUCUACGAUGAUCCAGCAGGCUUUACCCUAAACAUAGCAUCAUCUCUACCUCUUCAUGAGAUCAGCGAAACACCAGAGCGCCCUCAUUUUAAAGUUAAGGUUCGUCUCAGAUGGGUUCAUGUCAAGCGUGGAAAUCAACUCUCUCAUGGCACUCCAUUCAGUCCCCUUGACUAUGUCAACCUCGACGAAGUCUUACUGAGAAGCUUCGAUGGUUUUUCUCUGAGUCUACUCGAAGAAAUUGCACGCAAUCACAUAGUCAUCAUGGAUGAAAUUCUUUUUGGAGAAGAUUCAACCAUCAAGGUGUUGUGUGUGUGUCAAAAGUCCCACAUUGCUUCAAUAAAGAACUCUCUUAGUAUAUAAAUAUUAAAGAAUGAAAUGAGUUAAUAAAAUGGGCUUAGAGAGUGUCGGAAAUUGUGUUUUAGGGUUAAUAAUCGUUCUAUGCACAUUGUUAUUUAAUAAAUUUUUUUAUUAUCAUAUCAA